UACAGUGGAAUAUACUCGCCAAUUAUUUAUUUUAUUUUUUUUCGCCAAUUAUUUUUUAAUCUAGAAAUUGAUACUUACAUAAAAAUUGAGAUAUUUAUCAGCAAUCAGAUUUUACAGAAAGCCUUGCCCUGUAUCUUACUUGGCAGCUUGGACAUUGAACAGCCUUGAUCCUGGACUUUGGUUUCCAGGAGCAAGCCUUGGGCACCUCUAGGGUUUUAUCCCCCUGAGAAAUAAAUGCAUAUAAAGUUCGCCCAGCCUGUGAAAAUCAGCUAUUGCUAGAUGCCGGGAGACUUUGAGAGCAGUUCCAGGGCCCCUCUGGCAAGAGCAAGGCCAUUUUCAGAGACCCGAGGGCACUCACCCUUUCACAAGCAGUAUGGAGCAGGGUUGGUCUCUAGGGGCAAAACAUGUAGGUUAGCUGACUGAAGCUGGAAACUGCCAAAUUUUUGAGUGUCAGAUAAACAAGGUGCUUUGGGUUCACAUUUUCUGUGGUGACCAUGGAGCCCAAGGAGUCAAGGAAAGAGCAUCAGGCAACCUCCUCCACCUCUGGUUUGCACACGAGACCGAGGAAGAUAGCUGAUUUUGACAGCCUGUUCUGUCCUUCCUUGCUAAUGUUAACCAGCUGGCAGCAGGCAGGUGGGCACCUAAUAAGAUAACUUUUAAGAGCUUUUGAGAGAAGAGCUCUUUCUGUUGUCCCUAACCUUCUCUACAGCCUCUGACCUUUGCCCUAAGCGUUCUUUUAGCUUUUCCUCUGCCCAGUGGGUGAAAUGAUUAUUUGGGCUCAACCGUGGGAGCCUGGCUUUUCUUGUACCAGUCACAUGACUGUCCCGGGGGUAAUGGUAUGACCCAAGACAUAAGUUUGAGCCAGAAGUCAUGUUCUUGGCGGGGCUAAGCCUCUUGCUGGACUGGCCCUGCAUGCUAAUGGGUGAUAGAGGGGAGGGGAAGGAAAAGAGGAAAAAUAAAUUGUUCAGGGAAAAAUAGUAUGUGCAGACAAGUCCCUUUAAACAUCCUGCUCUUCUCCCACCCCUUUGUUUUACCUUUGCCUCCCUGAAGCCCAAUGCAGAGUACUUAUUGUCCCUCUAAUUAAGAAGAUAUAAAAGGAGGUUUUUCACCUUUCCUAGGCAUCCUGCUUCAGGAAAUCCCAUGCCCUGGCUUUUCUGCCCUUCCCAUUACUUUCCUCCAAGUUCCUACUGAACCCGCCAUCUUUUCUCCUUAUCUCCUGCUUUUAGUCUUGAGUGCCUGAGGUCAUGAGCCGAGCAGGCCUGAAGCACUGAGACUCUUCAAGCCUUUGUGCUGAGGAUGUGCUCUUGCCCAGUGUGCCCCAUGGGGCCUCCGGCCUUCCCGCAGGCACCUCGCCCUCCCCUGACUCUCCAGCCCAGCGCCAGGAACUAAUGUCAUUAAGUAGACUGGAAGUCAGCAGGCUCGGGGUCAGCUGCUGGGACAGCCUGCUGCUUCCAGCCAAAAAGGCAAGGCAGGCGUGCCAGAGAGGCGUGUUACCCCUGGGUGAGGGCUCAGAAGUACAGAGGUGUAAGUGGGCGGGCAGGAGGCCUCUGAUAGGAAUUGUUCCCUCUGUGAAUGAUUAGCUUUCAGCCAAAGAGAGUGACCAAGAGGAGGGCCAGCUAAUAGGACCUUUGGACUUGGAGCCGAGUGUCCAGCAGCCUGUGCAUAGUCUGCAGAGGAGGAGGACAUGGAGAGGGAGCAGGACACGGCUCCAACGACCGAAGCCAUAUCUGGCAGCUGUGGGCCUCAAGAGAUCUGUAGGGGCCAGCAGAUGGCCUGUCCUUGCAGCAGCUGUGGGAUUCCCCAGUCCUGAGCACUUGAGGUUUGGCUCUGUGGAGGGCUCCUGUCCGUGGCCUGGCUGCAGCCUCACCAGCGCUUUCUUCCCUUAGGCUGCCAUGGGUGCCGAGAGGUGCUGAGUGCAGUGGGGCAUGGCUGCAGCCCUGCAGGUCCUGCCUUGCUUGGCUCGAACCCUCUUAUGCCGGCAGUUCUGGGGGGCCCCAGCAGUCCGAUUAGCCAGCAGCAUGGCUCUGGCGGAACAGGCGCAACUGCUGUUUGCAAGCUCUGUGGGUGCCGUGCUGCCAGGCCCCAUGCUGCACCGGGCACUGUCCUUCGACCCUGCUGGUGGGCAGCUGAAGGUGCGGGACCGGAGCUUUCAGCUGCGGCAAAACCUCUACCUGGUGGGCUUCGGCAAGGCGGUGCUGGGCAUGGCGGCUGCAGCCGAAGAGCUGCUGGGCCAGCAUCUCGUGCAGGGUGUGAUCAGCGUGCCCAAGGGGAUCCGCGCUGCCCUGGAGAACGCUGGCAAACAGGAGAUGCUGCUGAAGCCGAACAGCCGGAUCCAGGUAUUUGAGGGUGCAGAGGACAACCUGCCGGACCGUGAUGCUCUGCGGGCUGCACUGGCCAUCCGGCAGCUUGCUGAGGACCGCACAGCCGAUGACCUGCUGCUUGUGCUUAUCUCAGGCGGUGGCUCAGCCCUGCUGCCCGCACCCAUCCCGCCCGUCACCCUAGAGGAGAAGCAGACACUCACCAAGCUGCUGGCAGCCCGCGGAGCCACCAUCCAGGAGCUGAACACCAUCCGGAAGGCCCUGUCCCAGCUCAAGGGCGGGGGACUGGCACAAGCCGCCUACCCUGCCCAGGUGGUGAGCCUGAUUCUGUCCGACGUGAUAGGGGACCCUUUGGAGGUGAUCGCCAGUGGCCCCACUGUGGCCAGCGCCCACAAUGUGCAGGAUUGCCUGCACAUCCUCAACCGCUACGGCCUGCGUGCUUCCCUGCCGCGUUCAGUGAAGACGGUGCUGGCUCGGGCUGACUCCGACCCCCGGGGCCCACACUCCUGUGGCCACGUCCUCAAUGUGAUCAUUGGUUCCAACUCUCUGGCUCUGGCCGAGACCCAGCGGCAGGCCGAGGCGCUGGGGUACCGGGCUGUGGUGCUGACCACAGCCAUGCAGGGUGACGUGAAGUGUGUGGCCCGGUUCUACAGGCUGCUGGCCUGCGUGGCUGGGGCCCGUCUCUCCACAGGGGACAGGGCAGGAGCCUCUGUGGAGGAGGAAACGGAGCUCCAGGAGCUGGGGGCUGAGCUCCGGCUGCCGGACCUGCAGCUGAGGGACGCCCUGGAGGCUGUGGCUGAGGCUCGGGGGCCCGUCUGCUUGCUGGCUGGUGGCGAGCCCACAGUCCAGGUGCAGGGCUCAGGCAAGGGUGGCCGGAACCAGGAACUGGCCCUGCGGGUGGGAGCAGAGCUGGGGGGACGACCCCUGGGGCCUGUCGAUGUGUUGUUUCUGAGUGGGGGCACCGAUGGGCGGGAUGGCCCCACAGAGGCUGCUGGCGCGUGGGCUACGCCAGAGCUGGCCAGCCAGGCUGAUGCAGAGGGCCUGGACGUGACCGCCUUCCUGGCUCGCAAUGACUCCUACACCUUCUUCUGCCGCUUCCAGGGCGGCACACACCUGCUGUGCACAGGGAUGACCGGCACCAAUGUCAUGGACACCCACAUCCUACUCCUGCGGCCACGGUGAAGCCUUUGGUCUUUCUGAGGCUCAGGUCCUGGGGCCGCCAAGGGCAUCAGCCACCUAGAGCCCCUUCUCCACUUGGCCCUCACGCAUCCCACCCAGGGCCGCUAUUCUGUAUUCACCACCUCAGGCCGACUGGUAGGCCCAGCUCUUCCUCUCCUGCUGUCCUGGCAGGGCUGUGCCUGAGGACCUUUGCUCUUGACCGUAUCUUCCCCUGGGCAGCUGUGCUAUUGAGCUUGUUUUUCCUGAGGGGUAAGACAAGGACUGAAAAUAAAAAGGGCCAUGCGCUUUUC